GACGGCGACCGGGAAAAGUGACCGGGAGGAGAAACUGAAAUGUCAGAUGCAUUAUAUGGAAUCAAUCAAGAAGCUGAAAGAAAAGAUUAGUAAACAACAUCACCAAAGCAAUGGAGUAUUGGAGAGGGAUUCUGUUCGGAGGAAGUAACUGAGCUGAAGAGAUUGCUACAUGAUGAAAUUACAAUAAGAAAAGCAGUACAACUGGAAACCAAAGCUCAAAGAUCAGUUAUGAAGCUUUCAGAACCCGAACUAGUAGGUCAGAGUUGUGAUGUUGUAACCUCCAAAAAGUUCUGGAAGAACAGACUGCGAGAGGAAGAGGCUCAAAGAAGAAGUGAACAUCCUGAAAAGUCGAUUGUCUCAUAUGACAUUGCAAGUGGAUCGAGCACAAAAACCGGAAGAUCCAUUCUGAUAGAAGACGGGGCACUGCCUUGGAUCAUACAAAAUGCCAACAGUGAUGUGUCACCUAUUAGGUGCCAUGUUGAGCUUGCACUCUGCCACUUAGCACAACACAGUAACGGCAUCACACGAAAAAAAAUGCAAAAGACGUUAUCAAUACGGGAGCCUUUUGGGAGCUAUACUGCAUAUCUCAUGACACUACCUGUGAAGAAAUAAAAGCUCUUGCAAGGAGGACUUUGCCAUCAAGUACCAUAUUCCUAUCCCAAAUGCGGCUCUUGAACUUAGAGGCAUUCCCGCUUUAAUUGGGUACAGUAAUAAUUCAAAACGAGAGGGUAAUCAAUUUCCAUCCGAGAAAGCACACAACCAAUUUAGUCCUACAGUACCUCCCAACCUCCCAUCCCAAAAAAAUCUGUUGACUUGCUGGUAUUACUAACAGGCCAGUUGGGCCUCCCGAUUAAUUAAGUGUCUGAUCUUAGACGCUAUCUCAAUCAUCCUGCUUGGUGUUGGCGAAGCCAUAAAUCCAUAAUGCUCGGGAGUCGGGAGCAAUAGCAAAGCCGUACUUCGUAACAAAGGCAUUCCUUAACAAUUAAGAUCAGAUCAGAAAGAUUCAAAUCAGAUCAGAAGGAUUCAGAUCAGAUCAGAAGGAUUCAGACCAGAUCAGGAACAUUCAGAUUAGAUCAGGAACAUUCAGAUCAGAUCAGGAACAUUCAGAUCAGAUCAGAAAGAUUCAGAUCAGAUCAGAAAAAUUCAGAUCAGAUCAGAACUUAAAAAAUUCAGAUCAGAAGCAUUCAGAUCAGAGUCACCAUGAACAUCACCGCUACCACCGCCGUUAUUCCCAUCACCGUCACCACUCACUUUCCCAUUAAACUGACCUCUUCCAACUUUCCUGUGUGGAAAUCACAAGUUCAUGCCGCCUGAUAUUCGUGUAAUUUCCGAUUGUAUGUUUGUAUUUUUAAUUAGUUUUUAUUAGUUCUAGUUGUGGAAAUUACACAUUUUUGGUGUAAUAUUUUGUUUUCAUUUUUAUUUGUAAUUUGUUUAGAUUAGGAUUAUUUUGAGCUAAACAGGUCAAAGAUCAUCCAAGGGAUCACGAUUGGAC